AUGAUUUUACUUUUGUACAAAGAGGCAUAUUUGACUACUAACAGCCUUAACAUGUCUUUGCCUUGUCCAAUUGUUGAACUUUUACAGAUGUUUGAUGAUGUUUUUCUCGAGGAGGCUCCAUAUGGAUUACCACCUAUUCGGGGAAUUGAGCAUCAAAUUGACUUUGUUCCCGGUGCCACCAUCCCAACGCCAGCCUAUAGAAGCAAUUUCGAGGAGAUAAAAGAGCUACAAUGGCAGGUUGAAGAGUUGAUGGCAAAGGGCUAUGUAAGGGAGAGCAUGAGUCCUUAUGCUGUUCCGGUGAUUUUGGUUCCUAAGAAGGAUGGGACUUGGAGGAUGUGUGUCGAUUGUCGUGCCAUCAACAACAUUACGGUAAACUAUCGACAUCCUAUUCCUUGCUUAGAUGAUAUGUUAGAUGAACUACAUGGUGCUAGUAUGUUCUCUAAAAUUUAUUUGAAGAGUGGGUAUCAUCAAAUAAGAAUGAAAGAAGGUGAUGAAUGGAAAACUACGUUUAAAACAAAACAUGGAUUAUAUGAGUGGUUAGUGAUGCCUUUUGGGUUGUCUAAUGCACCAAGUACUUUUAUGUGCUUGAUGAACCAUGUCUUGAGGGAAUUCAUUGAUAAGAUUGUAUUUCUUGGUUUUGUUGUGAGUGCAACAGGUAUACAAGUUGAUGAGGAUAAAAUCCAUGCGAUCCAAGAAUGGCCGAGUCCUACUAGUGGCCAACGUAGAUUGAAUAGAAGGCAUGCACGAUGGGUAGAAUUCAUUGAGACAUUUCAAUAUGUCAUCCGGUACAAGCAAGGCAAGGAGAAUGUUGGAAAUGCAUUAUCCUGCAGGUAUGCUUUACUUUCCAUUCUUGAUGCAAAGGUUCUAGCUUUUGAACAUAUAAAAGAUUUAUAUCCUUCUGAUCAUGAUUUUGGUGAUGUGUAUCAAUCUUGUAAGAAAUUUACAUUUGGAAAAUACUUUAGACAUGAUGAUUAUCUAUUCAAAGAAAACAAAUUGUGUUUGUCUAAUUAUUCUGUGCCAGAUUUGUUAGUGAGGGAAUCACAUGGAGGAGGAUUAAUGGGGCACAUCGGUGUAGCUAAGACUCUUAGUUUUUCACCCUUUGAGAUUGUGUAUGGUUUUAAUCCAUUAAAUUCUUUAGACUUAAUUCCUUUCCCUAUGACUGAACGUGUAAAUCUAGAUGGAAAAAGCAAAGAUGAAUUUGUUAAACAGGAAAGAUUUCCUAAACAGCAGUGCUCCAUGCUACUUCCACGAGGGGAUGGUCCAUUUCAAGUUCUUGAGCGUAUCAAUGACAAUGCGUACAAGCUAGAUUUACCAGGUGAUGAUUGGAGGGAAAAUUCUAUUCAAGAGGAGGGGAAUGAUAGAAACACGUCCAAAAAUAAAAAGAAGGGUCAUGAUCCUCUUCAAGUCAUAAUUGGACUAAUCACACAAGGUCGGGCUAAGAAAUUCAAGGAGGCUCUUGCUGGAUUAAUUCAAGAGGUUCAACUCAAACAAUACUAUAAGCUCAUCAUCAAUGAAGAAUAA